GGUACAUUUGCACUCAAAUAUUGAUUAUCACCACGGGAAAAAAAAAAGACAACAAAUGACUUCAUGUUGAAUACUUUGAAUCUGGGAUUCAUCUUCUUUAAUUGUUUCGAAAAUCUGGAACAGAAUUCGAAAACCUCGGAUUUCACCAAUAUUUCUUUGUACAAUUUUUUUUUUUUUUUUUUGUAAAUAAACUGGCCUUUUAUUGUACAGUUUUUGGUUUUAUGUCAUAAAAGUUUGUAACUUUGUGAAUAGUUUGAGAAGUAUAUAUAUGCAUCAUAUGUGCAGUAGUAGUUAGGCCUUGAAUAUAGCUCAUCUCAAGAGUCACAUAUCUUGUGAUCCUUUCAAAAGGGCAGCUUCUGGUUUAUCCCCCCACCACAUUGACCCAAAGUCUGCAUAAAAAGAAGCCUGCUUUUUCCUUUCUGGCAAUUUAGGUGGCUAAAGUUCUAAAAUCCAUCUUUAUAUAAAUGCAUUGUGAAGAUUCAGUUUACCUUAAAAAUUCUUUCUUUGGGAGAAGAUAAAAAUGACUAGUUCUUUGAGCAGUGAUUUGGUUAGAAGCAAUGGGAUGAUCCCAUUUGCUGUUCAUGUUGUUCGAGGCAGAUGGUUCUCUCUGUUUGCAUCAUUUCUAAUCAUGGCAGGGGCAGGUGCUACUUAUCUUUUUGGGGUUUAUUCCAAGGAGAUAAAAUCCUCCUUAGGAUAUGAUCAAACCACCCUCAAUCUUCUUGGCUUCUUCAAGGAUUUAGGUGCAAAUGUUGGAGUUCUAUCUGGCCUUAUUGAUGAGAUAGCUCCAACCUGGGUGGUUUUACUGAUUGGUGCAGCCAUGAAUUUUGGGGGUUAUCUCAUGAUAUGGCUUGCUGUUACCAGCAGAAUCCCAAAGCCAAAAGUUUGGCAGAUGUGCAUCUAUAUCUGUGUUGGUGCUAAUUCUCAGAAUUUUGCUAACACUGGUGCACUUGUAACUUCUGUCAAGAACUUCCCAGAGAGCAGAGGAAUCAUGAUUGGUCUUCUGAAAGGUUUCACUGGUCUAAGUGGAGCUAUAAUGACACAGAUUUACUUGGCUGUUUAUGGGAAUGAUUCCAAAUCUCUGAUUCUUCUUAUUGCCUGGCUUCCAGCUGCUUUGUCAGUUGUUUUUGUGUACACCAUCAGGGAAAUGAAGGUUGUUAGGCAGCCUAAUGAGCUGAGUGUGUUUUACCACUUCCUGAUUGUGUCAAUUGUGCUUGCAUUGUUUCUUAUGGUUAUGACCAUACUUGAAAAGAUUUGGUCUUUCUCACAAGCAGCCUAUGCUGGAAGUGCAACUGUUGCUUGUGCCAUGUUAUUCAUUCCUUUGAUGAUUUCAAUCAGGGAAGAGUUGAAAAUUUGGAGGGUCAAGCAGCAACUCAUCUCAGCUAAUCCUACCAUAGCCAUUGAGAAACCAACAGAUGAGGAUCAAAAGCAAGUAUCACCAGCUAAAUCUUCAAGCAUCGAGGCUGCUGAGAAAGAGCCAGUUCUCUGGUACCAGAACAUUUUUGAUAAGCCGGAAAGAGGUGAAGAUUACACAAUCUUACAAGCACUUCUAAGUACUGAUAUGCUUGUGCUUUUCCUUGCAACUUUUUGUGGGUUAGGAUCAAGUUUAACUGCUGUUGAUAACUUAGGACAGAUAGGGGAAUCAUUAGGGUAUCCCACAAAAACCAUCAAGUCUUUUGUUUCACUUCUGAGCAUAUGGAAUUUCUUUGGAAGAAUCUUCUCAGGAUUUGUGUCUGAAACUCUGCUUGUCAAGUACAAGUUUCCUAGGACUCUGAUGAUGACAUUAGUCCUGAUCUUGUCUUGCAUCGGUCAUCUCCUCAUUGCAUUUCCUGUCCCGGGAUCGGUCUAUAUCGCUUCAGUCAUCAUAGGAUUCUCAUUUGGUGCACAAUUACCACUCAUAUUCACAAUCAUUUCGGAGCUUUUCGGGCUGAAGCAUUACUCCACAUUGUUCAAUUCUGGCCAAUUGGCUAGCCCUAUUGGAUCCUAUGUCCUAAAUGUGAGGGUAACAGGGCCUCUGUAUGACAAGGAAGCAUUAAAGGAUCUUGCAAAGAAGGGAAUGACUAGAGCAUCAGUGAAGGAAUUGACUUGCAUUGGAACACAUUGUUAUAGGCUGCCUUUUAUCAUACUGGCCAGCAUUACUUUCUUUGGUGCAAUUACUUCAUUGAUUUUGGUUGUUAGAACAAGAGAAUUCUACAGAGGUGAUAUUUACAAGAAGUUCAGAGAGAAAGCAGAAACUAUUGAUACAGAGAUGACAUUGCCAACUUCUCACAAGGAUGGCUCUAACAAGUGAAGGUCUAUCAACCAUUUUGAAGUUUUUUUUUUUUUUUUUUUACUUCCUGUGGCAUUAGCAGCACCAAAACAGCUAGAAAGUUAGGGAAGAAAAAAAAAUGCUAGAAAGCAGAAGGCCAAUAUUAGUGCCAUUAUGUAAAGCAUUUGCUAUUUAUAAAAUGAUCGAGAAAACAUGAAGUUCAUCAUCUU